AUGGAGGACGCCAGGUCGAGGGCCAAGGACGCCGCCGCCAGGGCGGGCGCCAACCUGCGGAGCGCGGCGUCGUGGCUGCGGCGCCGCGCGGAGCACCACCUCCUGCGCCAGAGGCCGGAAUUCUGGGUCGACGAGCGCGUGGUCAAGUCGUGCUACGGGUGCGAGCGAGAGUUUCCGGGAUCGCUGCCGGGGUUCAAGCACCACUGCCGCGCGUGCGGUAAGGUGUUCUGCGGCGCGUGCAGCUCCCGCUCGCUCCACCUGCCGCGCACGGACGACGACAUCCGCGAGGAGGGCGUCGAACCGUCCAGGGUGUGCGAUUUCUGCUUCGAGUCUCGACGGGGCGACGACGCCACCGGAGGACACGGCGCCUCCACGCCCGCGCCCGCCGCGGUCGGCGACGGCGGGGAGAGCGUCGGGGGUUCGUCGUCCUCGCGCGCCGACUCGCCCGCGAACGCCGCCGCGCCCGACCGCCUCGACGACGGAAAUGUCCCGCCGCGGGGCGCUUCCAACGCGGACGUCGAACGCGGUCGUCGCGCGCAAAUGCACCAUGCCAUCCUCGCGCCGAGCCCCGCCGCGCAGCUCCUGGGAUCGGCGGCGAGGAACCCGGCGCGGCGAAGGACCGACGGCGACACCGUUCCAUCCUCAGGAUCCGACGACGACGACGACGACGAGGAGGAAGAGGAGGAGGGGAACGUGCGGAGGGCGGCGGAAGCGCCGGUGGCGGAUUCGCUCGGCGACGACGACGAACAAUCGAUCCGACCGCCGUCGCCGCCGCCGUCGCCGCCGUCGCCGUGGCGCGCGCGGGGGGGGCGACGCGCGCGGCGGGGACGACGCCCGCCCGCGGUGUCCGAUCGAGCGAGGCGGGCGGUCCUCGAGGCGCUGCGUGACCCGACGCUUUGGACGCGACCGAGCUCGAGCCGCCGACGGGUUUCGAACAAACGGGACGACGAACGAGGGGACGAACUCCCCGAACGCGGCCCGGACGCGUCGACCGUGGACGCAUCCAGGGCGGCGCUCGUGCGACGCGACGCGAACAACGCGUUGGACCAAUCGGACGUCGACACGUGGACCCCGCGCGUCGCACAGCUGGCGACGAUCGCGUCGACGCGCGUCGCGCCCGAGCGGCGUUACGCCAAAUUUUUUCAAUCCCCGGGCCCCGGUUGGAUGCACCCUGGCGCGUACGUGCGUUGCAAGAAGAUCCCGGGCGGGCACUGCGACCAAUCCGGGGUGGUGGAGCGGUGCGGGGAGAUGUUCGCCAAGAACGUGGCGCACAAGCGCAUGCCCUCGGUUCGUCAAGGGAACGUUCGGGUCGUCCUCCUGCGCGGGGCGCUGGAGUACCAACGCGCCAACGCCGCGCCUCGGCUCUCGUCUUUGGACACGUUGCUGGACCAGGAGCACGAGCACCUGCGCGGGGCGGUGGCCAGGAUAAACGGAGUAAAAGCGGACGUCCUCGUGGUGGAGCGAACGGUGGCGAGGUUCGCUCGUGAGCUGCUGCUGGAGCGAGGGGUGAGUUUGGUAAUCAACGUCAAGUCGAGUUGCGUGCGGCGGCUGGAGCGGGUGACGGGCGCCGUCGCGGUGAGCGCGCUCGAUCAGCUGAGGGAGGAGUGCGUCGGUCGGUGCGAGACGUUCAAGGUGGAGACGCACGAUGACGUGGACACGAGUGGAGAAUCGUCCUCGAACUCGGGGGGAACUAACAACAGACCCUCGGGGGAAAGAACAACGACGACGCUGAUGACAUUUGGCGGCUGCGCGAACGUCGGCGGCGGAUGCUGCGUCCUCCUUCGAGGCGCGAGCGAGGAUAAGCUCCGCGUCGUCAAGGCUGCGGUCCGCGACGUAACGCUCGCGGAGGCUCACCGGCGGCGCGGGGCGCACUGGCGCGACUCGACGGGGCACGCGAUCCGCCCGGGAUUGGAUCCCGCGACGGCGGCGCUGUCGUUUCGUCGGCUCAGAAUCGCCGCGUGCUCGUUUUGCGCGACGACUGGACACCUCUGCGACGCCCCGAACGACGCGUCGGAGACUGUCGCGCCGUACGGCGAGGGCGACUUACCGCUCGGGGAGUUUCUCAGGGAGGCGCUGGACCCGCCCGUGGAACGCGAGCGGUGUUCCAACCCCGAGUGCGACGAGCCACCCGAGUCGCACAUUCGCGUCUACUACCUCGCCGGCGGCCGAGCGACUCUUCGUUUGCGUCGGACACCAGGCGGGGACGAAAAUGACGAUAAGGACGGAAAGGACGACGACGUCAUCGCGCACUGGACCAGGCCCAGGGCGCGCGCGCGAGACGAGGACGGGCUCGGGGCGUUGGGGCUUCGCGUGGCGACCGACUACGAUUCGUCCCCUCUUAACCCGGCUCUCGAUCCGGAGGCGCUGGAGAUGAGCCUCGGACGGUUUCUGGAGACUGCGGUCGCGUCCGGCGACCCCGCGUACCUGGAACACGCGCACUUCUUCGCGACGAAAGACGCGAUCGCGUGCUUCUCCUUCGACGCCGUCGCGCCGCUUCGCGUGUCGCCGCCGACGAGGAUCAUCGCGGCGGCGACGUUCAAAGCAGUCGACGCCGCCGCCGCCGAGAACGCCGCCGCCGACGUCGAGGCGAGCUUCGUGUCGAACGACGCCAUGGACGCGGACCCCGCGGGUUGCGUCGCGCGAUACAUGCGCGCGUCCGAGUACGCGGUUCACCUCGCGGCCGCGCGCUGGGCCGCCGCGAACCAUCCGGCUGGGGCAUCGGGUUCGUCGGGUUCGACCUCCAAUAAUAUCGGAGGAGGCGGCUCGGGGGGAAGCCUCUCCCCCGUCGCGACGUCGAGGUCACACAGCCGCAAGGGCAGCGCGAUGGGCGGCGGGGUGGGUGACCCGGCCGUCGCGCCCGUCGUGGACGGACCGGACGCCAUGCUUCUCCCGGAUCGAUCGCACCUCAGGCACGUCUUCGCGGGGAAUGACGCGGGGAUGAAUUCUCGGGCGAAUUCUUCGGCCCCCCCUUCCGCUCGGAGGACCGCGGUGACGGCGUACUACCCGCUCCAGUUCGACGCGCUGCGCAAGGCGACGUUGGGGGACGGCGACGAGGGGUACGCCGCGUCGCUCGCGUCCGUCGCCAAGUGGGACGGCGGCGCCAAGGGUGGCAAAUCCGGUUCGUCGUUUGGGAAAACCAGGGACGAUCGGUUCAUCGUCAAGCAACUCAGUCGCGUCGAGCUCAACGCGUUCCUCGCCGAUUUCGGCCCGGCGUACUUCAAGCACGCGCGCGAGUCGCUCGAUCGUUCGAACGGUUCCACGUGUCUCGCGAGGAUCCUCGGCGCCUACCAGGUGGCCGUCGGCGAAGGCGCCGACGGUGAGGAUCCGGCUAUCAUCGACUUCAUCGUCAUGGAAAACUUAUUCCGCGGUCGAGACGUUUUCGAUCCGCGGUGGCUGACGUACGACCUCAAGGGUUCGCUUCGCGCGAGGUACAACGUCGAUGACGCCGGUGACGACGUGGGGGACGACGCCGACGCCGAUGCGCGUGAUCUCGGCCGCGUCGCCGCCGUCUUGCUCGACGAGAAUCUCCAGCGUCGACUCGCCACGCAUCCGAUUCUGUGCGACGUCGAGUCCAAAUCCGAGCUGGACUGCGCUCUCGCGAGGGACACCGCGUUCCUCGCGAACGAGGGGGUGAUGGACUACUCCCUGCUGGCGGGUGUCGAUCGCGCCAGCGGCGAGUUGGUCGUCGGCGUCGUGGACUACCUUCGGCUGUACACGUGGGACAAGCAGCUCGAGUCGUACGUCAAGUACACCGGCGUUUUAGGCGGCGGAGUGGCGGCGGAACCGACCGUGAUAUCGCCCGUGCAGUACCGGCGACGGUUUCGCAAGGCGAUGGCGCGCUAUUUCGUCGUCGUCCCCGCGUGA